GGAGCCAAGCCAAACAACUUUUCCAGAGGAACUAUACACCGCAACGCGUCCAGUCGUCCAUCAAAGUGCUGAGAUUUACCGAAGUAGCAGACAACAUCAGCCGAACACGUGACGAGGAAUUAGCUUAAACACUUUAUUUUGCUUUUGAGUAUAUAUAUUUCAGUUAUUUUCUUACUAUAUAUUUAUUUCUCCUUACUACUGUCGUCUCUUUUUGGAAGUAACGAUGAGGAAUCUGCGGUUGUUUUUCCUCGUCGGGCUGGCGACUGGGUUUAUCAGUGAAAAACUCUUUGUCUCCUCCCAGACACUAUUUCCCACAACAGAUGACAUCUACCUGGAGGGCCUAAUGUCAGGUGACCUCCCUAUAGAUGAUGAAGAUGGUGAUGAUGGCGGCUCAGGCUCUGGAUCCGGAGCCUUUGCUUUCACAGAUAAAGAGGAGAUAUUCAGAAGGCUCACUAACUUCUCUCAGACCACAGUCUCCAAAGAAACAGUUUCAACUCAACCACAGCCAAAAGCAGACCCCCCCCACAUCCCAUCAACCACAGCAGCAACCAAAGGGAAGGACACGGAGACAACACCAUUCAUAUUACCUAAUGGGGACAGCAGUAAUGAGGAGGUGGCAGGCACAACAGCUGAUUGGUUUGCACAGAGCUCCACCAGCAAGCCUACCAGUGAAACUAUGGCAACCAAAUUCGGCAUAGAGAUCACUGUAAUCAAUGAUGUCUUCGAGGAUAACAGUCUGGAUAGGUGGGAUGUCUCAACACCCAAGAACCGCGAAGACAAAGUCCUGAUCGCAGAGGUCGAAAAUGAAAUUAAGGCCACCAACGGUCGAAGCAGAAUAUAUGAGAUGGACUCUCCAGCAGAGGUGACCUCUGAGAACAUGUGGGAGAGGACGGAAGUGCUGGCAGCGGUGAUAGCUUGCGGAGUGGUCGGAUUCCUCUGUGCUGUUUUCCUCCUCGUCCUUAUCGCGUACCGUAUGAAGAAGAAGGACGAAGGUAGCUACAACCUGGGAGACACCAAAGAUUCCACAACAGCCUAUCACAAAGCGCCUACCAAAGAGUUCUACGCCUGAACUGACCAAUAGGGACUUUGAAUGGAGUCCGCCUCCUCCCAAUCAUUACUAAGAAUGGAUCUAUAAACAACUGAAGAUGAUCCCUUGAAGUCAAGCACCUCUGUUCUUCUUCAGUGCUCUCGCCGCUAUUCUUUUUCUCAUCUUCCUCCCCUGCUACCCUUUCACACCUUGCUGGACUUGGUUCUGCAUUACAGAGAAAUGAAUAGUCCCAUUUAGCAGAGCUACAGCCUGAACUGUCCCAGCUCAGCUUAACAAAAUUGAGGAAGUUUCACAGAAACAUACGAAUUGCCUUAAAACAUGUUAAUUGAAAUGUUACCACGGAUGUGAUUUGUAUUAGAAAGGGCCUUCAAAAUGUAAACCCUUUUUCUGUUGUUUUAAGGUCAAAUUUGCUCUUUUUAACAUUUUUCAUUGUUACAUUUCAUUUUCUGUACACUUUCUUUGCUGAAACGAUGAUUUGUUUUGUUAUGAGGAAUGAAUAUGUUUUUUUCAAAUGCUGUCCAGUAUUGGUAUGAGAGAAGAUGUUUCUCUGCAGGUACAUAUUUUUGUUGCUUUCUUACAGAUUUUUGACACUUAAAGAACUGACCAAAUAUAAAUGUGCUUUAUAUGUCUUUUGGGAAAUUGUUUUUAUUAGCCUUUUCAAUGUGUUUUGAUGUUUAGAGAUUAUAUUUCCGUAAGUCAUUUUUUAAAAGAGAUUUCAGUUAUUGUAUUCUAACAGUAGUAGCCGUAUGUUGAGCCCUCAACUUUGCAUCCAGCAUUAGUCAUAUUUUAAGGACUAUUUUAUUUGAUGACUGAGUGCAGCAAGAACGUGUGACAGGAUUCCUCAGGUAAAGCCGAGGCUAAUGACUAUAAUUCAGAAACCGUAAAGUUACCAACGAUUUCUGAAGCAGCCAAAACACAUUUCUUUCUGACUGUCAACUGCAUACAGCUACCAUAGCAGGUUUGAAUUUAAAGGGACAGUGACAAUGUAACUGGCAGGAUUAUUAAAAAUCAGUAAUUUAUUCAUGUCUUACAAAUUAUUUUUUAAAUAGUUACCAUGUUAGGUAGUGUAGGCAUUUCAGGUUUGACAUCAACCAGCCAACCAAAACAAAACUUGAUGAUCAGUGGUUGAUGCAUACAGGGAGGUGGGAUAAAGUGGCUAAACUAUUAAUGUCAUAUAACAGAUGUUAAAUUGGUAUAGGCACUCUUAUAGGAUUGAAAUAGCUAUUUUUGUUUGUUGCCCCUUUCUGUUGCAAAAUUUGUAGCAGCAGUUUUUGUCUAUUAACCGUUUGAUUCCCUUCAUGAGACAAUGUAACAUCAGUGAAAGUUGGUGACUGAGGCUACAUUUAUUUUUUGUCCUUUAGUCAAGUCUACGUAAUAGUGUUUACAUGAUAUAAAUACCUUUGCUAUAAUUUAAAAUACGUACUAUUUUGAAGCAAUUCUAGAAUAACUGAAUGCAAACUACCUAUUCACUGUGGCUGGAAUAAACAAGGAUUUUAUCACUAACCUACUGUGACUUACUGUUGAUAACGUAACAUUUGGUGGGCACUUGAAUCCUCCGUGCCUCACAAAAUACAUUGUAUAGAUUAAUUUACAGUUGCUUUGACCUUUUUGAGCUGUUCAGAACCUCAAUUGGAAUAGUUCUGUUCCAGUGUGGUUGAGGGAAAACAGACAUUUCUGUUCUCCAUACCAACAGAAAACAUAAUAACAUAAUAAACCCUACUCAUAGAGGGUUAGGACAACGGGUAAGCACUUGCCAGCAAUCCAACAGGUGAUGACACACAAUAACCUUUAUCUUCUAGAAGUUUAUGCAGUAUGUUGAUGAUACUAUAAUUUAAAUGUAUUAAUUUAUACUUGCUUAGACUAUAAUCCAAGUUAUGUCUGCGAUUUAGUGGAAGUGUACAGUAUUUACUCAUGAUCAAAGCCUCUUUGUGCCUACUGUUCAGUUUUUGUUUUUAAAUAUGUAUGUUUUUCGUGUA